AUGGGCACAGGUGGCGGGACGCGAAUACCACUAUGGAUAUCAAUAAUAGCACUUGCCUUCAUACAGAUCAAAGUUCAAGCCCAGGAUGACGAACAACAAACAAAAUCAAACUAUGGUUCUCCAUCCAUCCUGCAGGGACAAAAAAAUUUUCCACCAGCUUCAAAAUCCCAAAAAGUGACAAUAAUUCCACCUCUUCAAAACAUGCUGAAACUAAAGGCUGGCAACCCCUCUCACAAUGGCUGUGUGUGCAGCACAUGGGGUAACUUCCACUUCAAGAACUUCGAUGGGGACAUCUUUUACUUCCCUGGGGUCUGCAAUUACAUCUUUGCAUCCAACUGCAAAUCUCCCUAUGAGGACUUCAACAUCCAGAUUAGGCGUACAAUGGUGGAAAAUGCUACCAUGAUCACUCAUGUCAUCAUGCAACUGGAAGGAGCAGUGAUUGAACUGACCCAUGGCUCUGUCCUGCUUGAUGGCAAAUCGGUUCUGUUGCCAUACAGCCAUAUGGGAAUCUUGAUAGAGAGAAGUAACAGCUAUUUGAAAGUUUCUGCCAAGUUAGGACUGACCUUCCUUUGGAAUGAAGAGGAUGCCCUCCUGGUGGAACUAGAUCAGAAAUAUGCCAAUCAAACUUGUGGACUUUGUGGGGACUUCAAUGGAAUUCCAAUUAGCAAUGAAUUUAUGUCAGGGAAGACAAAACUGACUCCUGUACAAUUUGGGAAUAUGCAGAAACUGGAUGGACCAACAGAGCAAUGUGCUGAUCCUAUUCUUCCUCCUGUUCUAGUGAACUGCUCAGCUGAAUUUGCUUCUAUCUGUGAGACAGUAUUAACCAGUAAAGCAUUUACAAGCUGUAAUGCACUUGUGAAUGUUCAGGACUACAUUGAAACUUGCAUACAAGACGUAUGCCACUGUGACAGCUCUAUGGCAGACUUCUGCAUGUGCAACACAUUUGCUGAAUACUCCCGGCAGUGUGCUCAUGCAGGCGGACAGCCUCUGAACUGGAGAACCUCAGAACUGUGUCCCAAAAUAUGUCCUUUCAACAUGCAAUACCAGGAGUGUGGCUCCCCCUGCUCUGACACAUGCAGCAACCCGGAACGAUCUGCACUUUGUGAAGAUCAUUGCAUAGACGGCUGCGUCUGUCCUCCAGGAAUGGUAUUUGAUGACAUUAAUGGUGCUGGCUGCAUUCCCCGUCAAGAAUGCCACUGUACCUAUGAAGGUGAAACUUAUGCUCCUGGUGCCUCCUUCUCAUCUAAAUGCAGAUCAUGUACCUGUGCUGGAGGUGAAUGGUCUUGUGUCACCCAGUCAUGUCCCGGGACUUGCAGUAUUGAAGGAGGCUCCCACAUUUCAACGUUUGAUGAGAAAUAUUAUUCCUUCUUUGGAGACUGUAGCUAUGUCUUAACCAAGUCCUGUGACAGCAAUGAAUUCACUGUUCUGGGAGAUAUCCGCAAGUGUGGCCUGACUGACACUGAGACGUGCCUCAAGGGUGUAGCCGUCAGCCUAAGUGGAGGACAAACUAACAUUGUGAUCCAGCCUUCUGGCAGUGUAUUUGUGAAUAUGAUCUACACACAGCUGCCAUUCUCUGCAGCGAAUGUCACCAUCUUCAGGCCAUCAUCUUUCUUCAUCAUUCUGCAAGCAACCUUUGGUCUUCAGCUACAGGUUCAGCUCAUGCCUCUCAUGCAACUUUUUAUAGACUUAGAUCCAUCACAUAAAGGGCAGACCUGUGGUCUCUGUGGAAACUUCAAUGACAUUCAGACAGAUGAUUUCAAAACCACCAGUGGUGUAAUAGAGGGUACUUCAGCUGCCUUUGGCAAUACCUGGAAAACUCGGGCUGAUUGUCCUGAUGCCAAAAAUACCUUUGAGAACCCUUGUACUGUCAGCGUACAAAAUGACCAGUAUGCUCAGCACUGGUGUGGACUGCUCUCUGAUACCACAGGACCUUUUGCUGAAUGUCACUCAACAGUGAAUCCAGAAGUUUACCAGAAGAACUGCAUGUUUGACACGUGUAACUGUGAGAAGAGUGAGGACUGCAUGUGUGCUGCCCUUUCCAGCUAUGUCAGGGCCUGUGCUGCUAAAGGAGUUCUCCUCACUGGAUGGAGGAGCAAAGCCUGCACAAAAUACACCACCUUGUGUCCGAAAUCCCUGAAGUACACUUACAAUGUCGAUUCCUGUCAACCCACCUGCCGGUCUCUGAGUGAGCCUGAUGUCACAUGCAGCAUCAAGUUUGUCCCAGUGGAUGGCUGCACCUGCAUAAAUGGAACCUACAUGGAUGAAAGUGGCAAAUGUGUACCUGCUUCUAGCUGUCCUUGUUACUACAAAGGAAUGCCUGUGUCUUCUGGAGAAGUUGUUCAUGAUAAUGGAGUUGUCUGCACUUGCACCUAUGGAAAGCUGAGCUGCAUUGGAGAGAAACCUGAGCCAGUCUGCGUACCUCCCAUGGUUUAUAUUGACUGUGGCAAUGCUACUGCAGAUGUGGUAGGAGCAGGAUGCCAAAAGAGCUGUCAGACUCUAGAUACAGAAUGUUACAGAACCCACUGUGUCUCUGGCUGUGUAUGUCCUCAUAACCAAGUCUUAGAUAGCAACGGUGUCUGUAUAGCUCCAGAAGACUGUCCAUGUGUUCACAACGGGAACUCCUACAGUCCAGGAGAAUCGAUCAGAGUUGGCUGUAACAAGUGCACAUGUAGAAACAGAAAAUGGCACUGCUCUGAGGAGCCUUGCAUGGAAACCUGUUCUGUUUAUGGAGAUGGGCAUUACACCACCUUUGAUGGCAAACGCUUUGAUUUUGAAGGAGACUGUGAAUAUGUUCUGGUCCAGAACUACUGUGGUCAACAAGGUACGAAUCAGGGAACCUUCAGUGUCAUCACCGAGAACAUUCCAUGUGGCACUACAGGAACCACUUGCUCUAAGUCUAUUAAAGUUUUCCUGGACAACUAUGAGCUGGUACUCAGUGAUGGACAGUCUGAUGUCAUCCAGAGGGCACCUGGAGGGAAAAUGCCAUUCCAAAUCCGUUCCAUGGGCAUCUACCUGGUGGUUGACACUACUGUUGGCCUGAUACUCAUGUGGGACAAGAAAACCAGUAUAUUCAUCAAACUUAGCCCCAGCUUUCAGGGACAUAUCUGUGGACUUUGUGGAAACUACGAUGGCAAUGGAAAUAAUGAUUUCACUACUCGCAGUCAGUCUGUGGUAGGAAAUGUGCUGGAGUUCGGCAAUAGCUGGAAAGUGUCUUCUAGUUGCCCAAAUGCCAAUCGUACCAAGGACCCAUGCACUGCAAACCCAUACAGGAAAGCCUGGGCACAGAAGCAAUGCAGCAUCAUUACCAGUGAAGUGUUUGCAAAAUGUCACUCCCAGGUUGAACCAAAUGAAUAUUAUCAAGCAUGCGUGGAUGAUGCUUGUGCCUGUGACACUGGAGGAGACUGUGAAUGUUUCUGUACAGCAGUAGCUGCCUAUGCUCAAGCGUGCAAUGAGCUGGAUGUCUGCAUUUCAUGGAGAACCCCAACCAUUUGUCCUUUGUUCUGCGAUUACUACAAUCCACAAGGGGAAUGUGAGUGGCACUACAAGCCAUGUGGAGCCCCUUGUAUGAAGACCUGCAAUAAUCCAAGUGGGAGCUGCCUUCAUGAGUUGAGAGGUUUGGAAGGCUGCUAUCCAGACUGUCCAAAGAAUAAGUCCUAUUUUGAUGAAGAAACAAUGACUUGUGUUUCUAAUUGUGGUUGUUAUGAAAAUGGAAAAAAUUACAAACCAGGAAUGAAAAUGCCUUCAAAGCAGAAUUGUCAAUCAUGUGAAUGCACAAAUCAUGGCGAAGAAUGCAAAUAUGAUGAAUAUGAAUGUGUCUGCAUUUAUGAGGGCCGUAAAUACAACUAUAAAGAUGUGAUCUACAAUACUACAGAUGGCACAGGAGGGUGUAUUGUCGCAACCUGUGGUCCCAAUGGGACACUUCAAAGGGUUGUCUAUGAAUGUCAAAUCUCAACAUUACCCACAACAUCAACAACGUUUCACUUCAGCACUACACCACCUACCACUACUGCCACAGUGUCACCAACUACAUCAAUAUGUGUUCAUGAAGUCUGUGAGUGGUCAGAAUGGUACGAUGGGAGUGUGCAAACCCCUGGCAAUGAUGGUGGAGAUUUUGAAACCUUUAGUGAUUUGAGGGCUAAAGGUUAUGCCAAGAAUGUUACUGGUCAAUAUGGUAUGAUGUCAGUUAUCCAGGGUCUGGAUACAAUGAUGGAGAAUUUGAUACAGUUCAGAACAUUGAAAAACAUGGAUACAAAGUCUGUGAAAACAGAAAGGCUGUUGAAUGCAGAGCAAACACAGACUACAACAUCCUCAAGCCCCACAAGGCCGACACCUAGCCCAUCCUCCACCAGCGUCACCCCCCCCAACACCCUGUCCAGUGUCACCUGUCCAGUCGAAGUGUGCUCCUGGAGCGAGUGGUUCGACGUCGACUUCCCCGCCUCUGGGCCCAGCCAGGGAGACUUCGAAACCUACCAGCACAUCCGGGCCGCCGGGAAGGAAGUCUGUCACCAUCCAAAGGAAAUCGAGUGCCAGGCGGAGGACUACCCCGAACUUCCCAUCGAAAACGUCGGACAGGUCGUGCAGUGCGAUGUCCACUUCGGACUGGUCUGCAAGAACGAAGACCAGACCGGCCAAUUUAGGAUGUGCCUCAACUACAGGAUCCGUGUCUUCUGCUGCAGGCCCAACUACAAUUGCCUAACCAGCACCUCCGUGACCACCACCAGCCCCACAACCACCACCACCACCAGACCAACCACCACCACACCAACCUCCACCACAGUCACGACCUCCACCUCCACCACGCUGCCCACCUCCUCAGAAACCACAUCGCAGACCUACACCACCACUCCCGCCCCGACACCUAGCCCAUCCUCCACCAGCGUCACCCCCACCACCACCCCGUCCACUACCAGCUGUCCAGUCGAAGUGUGCUCCUGGAGCGAGUGGUUCGACGUCGACUUCCCCGCCUCUGGGCCCAACUACAAUUGCCUAACCAGCACCUCCGUGACCACCACCAGCCCCACAACCACCACCACCACCAGACCAACCACCACCACACCAACCUCCACCACAACCUACACCACCACUCCCGCCCCGACACCUAGCCCAUCCUCCACCAGCGUCACCCCCACCACCACCCCGUCCACUACCAGCUGUCCAGUCGAAGUGUGCUCCUGGAGCGAGUGGUUCGACGUCGACUUCCCCGCCUCUGGGCCCAGCCAGGGAGACUUCGAAACCUACCAGCACAUCCGGGCCGCCGGGAAGGAAGUCUGUCACCAUCCAAAGGAAAUCGAGUGCCAGGCGGAGGACUACCCCGAACUUCCCAUCGAAAACGUCGGACAGGUCGUGCAGUGCGACGUCCACUUCGGACUGGUCUGCAAGAACGAAGACCAGACCGGCCAAUUUAGGAUGUGCCUCAACUACAGGAUCCGCGUCUUCUGCUGCAGGCCCAACUACAAUUGCCUAACCAGCACCUCCGUGACCACCACCAGCCCCACAACCACCACCACCACCAGACCAACCACCACCACACCAACCUCCACCUCUACAUCCUACUCCUCCACUACAUUUCCCACCUCCUCAGAAACCACAUCACAGACCUACACCAGCCUUACCACCAUUACUGCCACAACUGAAUUUUGCUGUACCAACACUUCUUCUACCCCUGUAUCAACAACGUGUUUCUGUAAAAUUGGGGACGCUAUUUUUUCACCUGGUGAUUUGAUUUAUAACAGAACGGAUAGUGAUGGAUGUAUAUUUUAUGCUGUCUGUGGUCCAACAUGUACCGUUGAACGACAUACUCCAUACUGUAACUUUUCUACUACUCUAACCACUACUUCCCCUGAAUGGUCUACUGUAACAACCACAGUUCCUCCUCCUACCACAUCUGGACUAAUUCCUGGUUGUGUUUCUAGUAGUUACCCUCCCCUACAGCCUGGACAAAGAUACAAAUUAUCCAACUGUACCGAAAUCAUCUGUAAGGGAGACAACAAGGUAGACGUAAUUCCAACGCACUGCCCACCUGUAAAGGAAAUUACCUGUGCGAACAAAUAUCCACCAAUACUGGUACCUGAUGAAAACGGCUGCUGUUACAAAUAUGAGUGUCAAUGUGUGUGCAGUGGAUGGGGUGAUCCUCAUUAUAUUACUUUUGAUGGAACCUACUAUACUUUCCUUGAAAACUGCACUUACGUCCUGGUGAAACAGAUUGUACCUAAAUAUGACAACUUCCGUGUUUACAUUGAUAAUUAUUACUGCAAUGCAAAAGAUGGACUUUCCUGCCCCAAAUCCAUCAUUAUUUUAUACAAAUCUGCAGAAGUGGUGCUGACUCGUGAACUCAUGAAUGGCGUGAUGACCAAUGUGAUGUACUUCAACAAAACGAUUGUCCAACCAGGCUUCAAAAAAGAUGGCAUUUAUUUCUCCACACUUGGCAUCAAUAUGAUUGUUGAAAUACCAGAAAUUGGUGUAACCAUCACCUUUAGUGGACUGAUUUUCUCUGUGAAACUCCCAUACAGCAAAUUUGGCAACAACACUGAAGGACAGUGUGGAACAUGUACAAAUAAUAAAACAGAUGAAUGCCGCUUACCAAGUGGCAAGAUAAUUUCUUCCUGUCCCCAAAUGGCUCAUCACUGGCUUGUUGGAAACGACUCAUCAUGUCAUGGAGUACCAGUAACACCAGUUGUAACCACACCUCCACCAAAGCCUCAUUGUGAAACGCCUCCUCUCUGCAAGCUUAUCUGGAGCAACGUUUUUGAAGAAUGCCAUGCCGUGAUACCACCAGAACCAUUUUUCAAAGGCUGUGUUUUUGAUGGAUGUCGCAUAGCCGAUGAAUCCAUGCAGUGUUCCAGUUUGGAGAUAUAUGCUACAGAGUGUGCUGCUAGAGGUGUCUGCAUUGACUGGAGAGGAAAGACCAACAAUACAUGCCCAUACAACUGUCCAUCAAACAUGGUAUACAAGCCAUGUGGGCCCAUUAAUCCUGCUACUUGUGACCCAAGAUUGGUUGAGCUUCCUGGCUAUGGAGUAACUGAAGGAUGUUUCUGUCCUGAAGGACAGAGACUUGUGCGUGAAGACAGCACCACCUGCGUCUCUGAAUGCUCUUGUAGGGAACCAAAUGGAGUAACCAGACAGCCUGGAGCUGUCAUUCCAUCAGGCCCUUGUGAAAAAUGCACCUGCUCUGAAUCCUCUUACUCAAGCCCUCACCACGCUACUAUCAAGUGCAAACCUGUUAUCUGUGACACAUACUGCCCAGCCGUGAGUGCUAUUUUCCUGUCAGUAAUCCCCACCCCACUGAGCUCAGAUAUCGACCAGUUAAGGUUGGAGAAAAGUGGAAUGUACCUGGUGAUAACUGUACAACUUACACAUGUGAAAAACACAAUGACCAUUUCGUUCAUGUCACCACACGGACAAGCUGUCGUCCCUUUAACCCUGAUGAAUGUGAUCCAGAUGACAUCACGCUAUCUGAUGAUGGCUGCUGUAAACAGUGCCAACCAAAACAGAAGAGUAAGUAAUGAUAAUUUUGCUAAGAGCUGUAUGAAGCACAAUACUACUACCGUCAUCACAUAUCAUGGAUGUGUAUCUCCUGCACCUGUUGAGGUGACAUACUGUGAAGGCAGCUGUGAUGCUUACUCACGGUAUUCUUCAGAGGCGAACAUGAUGGAACAUAAAUGCUCGUGUUGUCAGGAAAUCAAGACGAGUCAAAGAAAAGUGACUCUGAUGUGCAGUAAUGGCACUUACUUUGAUCACUCAUACACCUAUGUGGAGAAAUGCAGCUGUGUAAGCGCUGAGUGCAUCCCCCAAGUCAGCACCCAACAGGCGACAAACCAGAUAAAGGCCUCUCAGGAACAAGGGAAUGUCUAA